AUGUGUGUACGCGUUAGCCGCGCUAGCGCCGUUAGCUCAGUUAGCAUGGCGGCGCAGAGGGAGACCCAACACGGAGCGUCGGGGAUGAACGUCCUGCUCGGGUUUUUACACCUCCUGUUGCCGUUUUUACAGCUCGGAGUAGCUCAGCUCACAGCACUGAGUCACAUGUCCAGCGUUGUGGAAGUCUGGCAAGAAGAUGCAGAUUUCCUAUUUCCAUCGCAGGCAGUGGAAGAGCGGAGUCCCGAGAAUCUCCCUCAGGAGGACAGUUCCUCGUUUUACGUACGGGACACUGGGAGACCCGUCCACUUUCAACCGUCCACGCUGGACUUUGGCACUCAACCUGUAGGUGUCCCGCGAGCUGAAACCAUUUAUAUUCAUAACCCGAGUUCGGAGCUGCCGGUUACGCUGCAGUCCGUCCUCACGUCCAGCUCACAUUUUCAUAUGCCUGCCUUCCACAGACGGGUGAUCCCACCCAGAGGGAAGACAUCUUUUAAACUCAUUUUCCUCCCAAGAGAGGAGGGCAAUGUAGCAAGUUCGUUAUUUAUAAACACAUCGACCCACGGGGUGGUAACUUACCAGGUUUUUGGCGUCGGUGUAAACGCCGGCUCUGUAAAGGACGUGCCGAGAAAAGACGGCCUUCUCAUAUUUCCACAUAUACAAAGCAUUAAACUCACACAAACUCAGGAAAAUGCUUUAAAUAUUACCAUCCUGGGACUAUUAUUGGACUGCAGUCUUCCCAAAGCACUCUAUGCUCACCCACAGGGCUUGUGUUUUGGAGCAGAGGAUGAAGGACGUUUCUCUCUCCAGAUCAGUCUCUCUGAGAGAGGCGAGAGGCCGGCUUACCUGGAUAAAAUGAAGCCCUACGUGCUGGAGAACAUCAUGGUGCUGCUCGUCUUGCCUCCACCGGGGGGUGCCGCAUAUCCAAAAAUAGGGGUGUACAUGCUGAACUCAGGGGUCAAACAGCUCUUUGUCAAGGAAAUAGAGAUUUUGCCAAGGACAGACAUCUCUGUAGAUAUCAGCCACAUGCCACUAAAAGCUUCUGCCAGUAACCUCACUCAGGUGGCCACUCUGUCCUGCAGACGAUCUUUGUUGUCUCAAAGUAAAAAAUGCACGAGUCAGAUAAGUGUGCAGAUGUUGGGCAACAUCAGUGUGAACAUGUUUCCAUGGCUGGAGCACACAAACAGUGUCCUUGAUUCUACUGGCUGGUUUCAGUUCAUACAGAAGCAGAAAAGUGUGGAUCAGGUGGAAUUGUGGCUCACAAACCCUCUCCAUCUGGGCUUCACAAUCACUAACGUCUCCCUGAGCCAGCCAUUGCCUCGGCUCUUUAAGAUAGUAAACGUCAGCAAGUCAGUGGGUGCGGCAUCUGGGUCCUGGAAGCUCCUGAAGCUCCACCUCCUCAACAAAACAUUGCCUGUCAACGUAGUUGCCGUGGUAACCAUUACCACCAGCUUGGGCUUUUCGCUAGAGCUGCGUGUGCACGCGUCCUCCACAGGGUCAAAGAGAGGGGAGGUGGUGUUUGAGGGCGGCGGUGAGUGUGAGCAGCUCUGUCCUCUUCGCCUGUCCAGAACCGGACGUUUUGAAUGGCAGCAGUCUCUUCUCCCAGAAUCCUUUUCUUCCUUGUGGAAGACAGACAGCGGUUUGGCAGCGACGCUCUGCAGCCGCUGGCAGCGUAGUAAAGAGCUUUCCUGCAGAUGGCCCAGACUUCCCUCAGAGCAUGCUAGUGCUCUAGAUUUUGGAGCCACACCAGUCAAUGAGAGCAAAAUUAAAAACUUGACUCUGAAAAACCCAACCGGUUCUGUGGUUUCUGUGGAAAUCCGAACCCUUUCCUCAUACCCAGCUCCCCUUGAGGCGUUAGAUCUUCUCACCAAGUGGUUUAACAUCAGUCCUCUCUCGGUGAACAUCAGUACAGCUGAGUUCUCUCUGCUUCCAACUGGUCAGAAGUCUCGGGAGAUUCACCGAGGCGGCAGCGUGCGGCGGAUCAUCCUGCAGCCGUGGGAGACGAGGAGUGUGUCAGUUGCAUAUACACCCACUGAACACAAACCUGUCACCUCCCUGCUUCUCAUCAGGAAUAACUUGACGGUCUUUGACCUGGUGUUGAUAAAAGGAUUUGGAGCGAAGGAGCUCCUACGCGUUGGGGGGAAACUCCCCGGUCCCGGCGCGUCGCUGCGCUUUAACGUUCCCCAGUCCACCCUGAUGGAGUGCAGAGACGGUUUGCGCAAUCACCUCAGCAAGCCACUGUUCGCCAUCCAGAAGAGUUUUAAAGUGGAGAAUGCAGGCGAGCUUCCUCUGACCGUUAUGUCCAUGAACAUUAACGGCUAUAAGUGCCAGGGUUUUGGCUUCGAGGUUCUGCAGUGUCGGUCCUUCCGCAUCGACUACAACUCCUCCUCUGAGAUUACAAUAGCGUUCACGCCAGACUUCACGUCGUCGUGGGUGAUUAGAGAUUUAACGUUAAUAACAGAGCGUGGCUCUUCCUUCCCCUUCACCCUGAACGUCACCCUGCCACAUCACAUGCUCCCGCUGUGCGCUCAGGUCGUCCCCGGGCCCAGCUGGGAGGAGUCCUUCUGGGUUGUUACGCUCAUAUUCACCUGUUUCUCGCUGGCCGGAGUGUGUCUCAUGGCCUUCCACCAGGCUCAGUUCAUCCUGAGAGAGUUUUCCACUCCAACUCCACGCAGCAACCAUAACUCAAACCCCCGUGACAACAGCAGCCAUAAUGCUCCCAAUAACACCAGUAAGGGCAAAGCCAGCUGCAAAAGCUACUCCGACACAAGCCACACCUCGGAUAAAGGGAAGGGGCGGGGCUCUACGGCCUUAGCCAAUGGGACAGCUCGGUCCCAAACCUCCUCCAGGAAGAGCUCAGGAGGCUUCUCCCAGCCUCAGAAAAAACAAACACGAGUUUCGUUCCUUUACAGAUACAAAAGCAACUGUGCAGCCAACUCUAGCACUGUUAAUGCUAAUUCUAAUCCUCCAAUGGAUGAAGAGAGAGAGGAACAGACAUACGAAACCGACCCUGACCCUGAGGUCUGUAAUGACAACAGUAAUGACGACGCUUUAAUCGACUCUGUGCUCCACGUGGAACAGAAAGAACAGAUCCGGGAGGAGAAAACGAUGCCAGGAGAUAUGUUUCCCAUGGAAACGCUUCCUGGAUUCCCUGAAAGCAUUACAGCCAAUCACAUGCCUCAGGCUCAUGCGGAUGGACAGGUGGAGAGCAGGUGCAGCCGAAGGAGGGACGAGGAAAAAAGGGAAAACCUGGACACUCAGCUGAGAGACUGCGAGGUCUCUCAGAAGAAGAGAGUGGAGGAGUCUGAGCUCACAGUGUCCACCUCCAACACCAAAACGAAGAAAAGCUCAGGAAAGAAUCGCAGGAAGCCUGUGGAAUCCGGCCCGGGGCUUCCGGAUAGCAGCACUAUGAUGAUGACGGCGAUCGAGAGGGAACCCGAGUACAGAGAACCUCGUAACACAGCUCGAACCCGUAACCACUCGGCCAGCGUGAAGCUGGAGAUCCCCAAAACGGUUGCAGCGGUGGACAGCCCUCUUAAACAUAAUGGCGUGUGCUCGGCCAGGCCUCGGCGGAAGGCCCCGGAGCGACGACUUCAGUGGGAGUCGGUCGAUUCGGGCAGCUCAUCGGGUAGCGUCAGGGCCAGCAGGGGAUCAUGGGGCAGCUGGAGCAGCGUAGAAGGAGAGAAAGACCCCAGCAGAGCACGACAGAGAGAUCCAGUACAGUACAACAUUUACACGUCCGACCGUGAUUGUUACCCGCCACCACACUGCACCUUUAAAACUCAAAGCAUGAACAAUCUGUACGUGAACCCUGAACCUCCUGCUCUCUCACAAAGCUUCGCUGACAUAGCUGCAGGUUUGGACAGAAGCUCAGAAACGGGCGGUGCAUACAUGCCAGAGGAGACAUGGUCCGCUCCUUCUGUUCCUCUCACCAAUGGUUUCAGGUACAACAUGCCGGAACCACGCAGCGCCUACAAUCAGAACUCCAACUCCAACCCCUUUACUGGUUUCCUGUGGAAUAACACAGUCAGUCAAUGCAGCAACCCGUAUUCUUCUUAUUGCCCCCCAAAUAACUACAGGCUACCAGGGAAUGGAAAUUACCAAAACAGCUUCCCGUGCCGUGAAACUCAAACGCAGGCCGGGUGGAGUAAGGAAACACCACAUGAGGCCACUUCAUCUUGGGACAUGACCAGCUGCGUGGGCAGCAAGCCAUAUUUCUCAGGCACUCGGAGUCUAUCACCCAUCUCCUCCAGUCUCUUCGGCUCAAUCUGGACUCCUCAGAGCGAGCCGUAUCAAAGAAACUUUCACGCCGAACGCUCCGUGCCCACCUCUCCGGUGUCUCCCUUCACUCCAGAGCCACAUUCCUCUAAGCACUUCUCCGGCUUCAACCCGUUUGGCCCCCACAUGAACCUGGACAUCUGGAACAACUCGGCCUCGAACCGCAGCUCCAACUCUCAACUCUCCAACGACUCUGGAUACUGCGCAGACGCUUGACCGAGCAGGCCCGGAACUCCGCCCACUGCAUAAGGGAAACGCCGAAUACGAAUUAUAAGAAUGGGGUUUUAUUGAUGACGGAGGAAAAAAUGUGAAUGUUCUGUUCUGAUUUCUGUUCCAUUUUUUCCUCGACAGGAUUCUGUUUGUGCAAAAUUUAAGCUUUUCGUUGUAUAUUUUUCUAGAUGUUUUGCAAACUUGACCAUGAAAAAUAAAAAAAAGGUUUUGUA